CCUCCCUCCAUCCCUUCAUCUAUCCCUCCAUCCCUCCCCUUCCAAAGGGUCUCCCCGCAGCCCCCUCUUGAUGGGGAGGGGGUCCUGAGCCGGAUGCCCAGACGGCCUGCAGCCCCCCUCCUCCCCUAAUGUGACCCACUGCUGAGGACUCUGCUCACCUGCAUCCUCCCCACCACCUCUACACACACCUGAGAUUGGCAAGGAGCCAGACUGGGACUUGCGCCCCCCUUUCCCCUCCUCCGCCUUCCCUUCCCCAGGACAGGGGGAUGGGGCUGCCGCUGCUGCAUCCGGAGGGGAUGCCCGCCGCCCCCCUGCGAGAUUAAGCAAAGCCGGACAUCAUCGCUUAAAACGGACGGACAGGCUGUCCCGCUUAACGACAUGGAGACCAAAAUCCCUCCGGCCGUCACGCCGACCAGCCCUUCGUCCCCUGGGUUGUCCCCGGUGCCUCCGCCGGAUAAAGUGGACGGAUUCUCCCGCCGGUCGCUCCGCCGGUCCCGCCAGAGACGGUCGCACAGUUCCUCCCAGUUCCGGUACCAGAGCAACCAGCAGGAGCUCACGCCUCUCCCACUGCUGAAAGAUGCUCCUGUUUCAGAGCUGCACGACCUCCUGUGCAAGAAGCUGCAGCAGUGCUCCAUCGUCUUUGACUUCCUGGACUGCGUGGCUGACCUGAAGGGCAAGGAGAUCAAGCGGGCAGCCCUGAACGAACUGGUGGAGUGCGUGGCCACCAACCGUGGCAUCCUCAUUGAGCCACUCUAUCCCGAGAUCAUCAAGAUGAUCUCAGUCAACAUUUUCCGAAUUCUUCCACCCAGUGAAAACCCCGAGUUCGAUCCCGAAGAAGACGAGCCAAACCUGGAACCAUCUUGGCCUCACCUGCAGCUUGUAUAUGAAUUUUUCCUCCGGUUCCUUGAAAGUCCAGACUUCCAGCCCUCGGUGGCCAAGCGCUACAUAGACCAGAAAUUCGUCUUGAUGCUGCUAGAAUUGUUCGACAGCGAAGACCCCAGGGAACGUGAAUACCUCAAGACCAUCCUCCACCGGGUUUACGGAAAAUUCCUGGGCCUUCGGGCGUAUAUUCGCAAGCAAUGCAAUAACAUAUUUUUGAGGUUUAUCUACGAGAUGGAACAUUUCAACGGAGUGGCUGAAUUAUUAGAAAUCCUUGGGAGCAUCAUCAACGGCUUCGCGCUGCCCUUGAAGGCGGAACACAAGCAGUUCCUGGUACGGGUACUCAUCCCACUUCACUCCGUCAAAUCGCUUUCCAUUUUCCACGCCCAGCUGGCCUACUGCGUGGUCCAGUUCUUGGAGAAAGACGCCACGCUGACCGAACACGUGAUACGGGGCCUGUUGAAAUACUGGCCAAAGACUUGCACCCAAAAAGAGGUGAUGCUCCUGGGGGAAAUCGAGGAGAUCCUGGAUGUGAUCGAACCCUCGCAGUUUGUGAAGAUCCAGGAGCCGCUGUUCAAGCAAGUGGCCCGAUGCAUCGCCAGCCCCCACUUCCAGGUGGCCGAACGGGCUCUCUAUUUCUGGAACAACGAAUACAUCCUGAGCCUGGUGGAGGACAAUUGUCACACGGUGCUCCCCACCAUCUUCGGCACGCUCUACCGCGUCUCCAAGGAGCACUGGAACCCGACCAUUGUGUCCCUGGUCUACAACGUCCUCAAGACCUUCAUGGAGAUGAACGGCAAGCUCUUCGAUGAACUCACUGCCUCCUACAAGGUGGAGAAGCAGCAGGAGCUGAAGAAGGAGAAGGAGCGCCAGGAGCUGUGGAGGCAUCUGGACGAACUUCAGCUGCAGAAGCUGCAAGGCCUGGAGGAAGCCAAGAUGAACCGCUUGAACCUGCAACGCACCCUGGCCAGCUAGGAGCCCCUCCGCCCCUGGAAGUGGAAACCCCCCCCCCUCUCGUGGGCGGUGGGAGCGGCGGUCCAUCCCUCCCAGGCCGAGACAGCUGGUUUUCCCCCCCUCCCGAGUUGGGUCUCCCAUCCUCGGCUGCCCCCACCACCACCGCGAUGCCAGCCGGAACACAAAAGGACACGAGAGUUUUUAGGGGGCAGCGGAUGGAGGGGGAAAAAGCCCCGUCUGGGCUGCGAUGCCGCCCCCCUCGCCUAAAACGGAUGGGCCUGUAAAUAAUAGGGGAGCCACAAUCUUGCAGAGACAAUUGGGGGGGAAAUGGCUAGACAGGUUUUGGAAGGGGGGGGGUUAUUGACCCUGUUCUCUGUUGGACCCAAAUCUAUUUGGGGGUGGGGGGGGAGAAUUGGAGUGCAAUACCCAACUGGGAGGGGGAGGAGCACAGACCCCCUCUCCCAUGGUCCUCUGGGGCAGCGAAAAUGCCCACCACCCCCUUACUAGUAACCCUGACCCAUGGCCAUAGAGCCCCUCCCUGCCUCCUAAGUGCACCCCCCCUCCCCGCUUCCUUCCCCAAAGGGCCAGUCUCCACUUUUGCUGAGGGGUGGGGGCGCAGCAGGCAGAAGGAUGGUUCUGAAAGAGGGGGGUGGCUUGUCCUGGCAGAGAGGAGUGGGGGUGCCACCCUGGGAGAGACCAUGGGCAAGAUGCGUGCAUGUGGUGGUGGUGGAGAAUAAAUGUUUGCUAACAGCAGUUGUUAGUGUGGGUUCGCAGUUGUGUCUGGCUGUGUGUGUGUGUGUGUGUGAGAGAGAGAGAGAGAGAGAGAGAGAGGUUGCAGGCAGUCUUCACUUUGUCUUCUGCAGCUCAGAGGGGUGGGUGGGCACAUGGAAUGUGUGUAUCUGUGUGCCCCCCCUUUCUUCUGUUUGAGAAACACACACACACACACACACACACAAGAGAGAGAGAGACCCCGCACAGGAUCAGAGCGAAGAGCACAUUGUGUGCACGUUGCAAGGGCCAAAGCAAGUGUAACUUCCUUCUCUUCUCCUUCCCCUUUCAGCCUUUCUCCUCCUUCUGUCUCUUCCUC